CGUCCAGAGUGUUGUGUUUGGUGAGCUUUCGUCACUUUGUUGUUUUACAGCCGCUCACAUGUACCGAGCACCGGACAGACCUCAGCGGAGUCCCGGAGCACCGCGGCCGGCUGGAAGGUUCCCCUCCCCGACCUCCUGCUGGGGCUUCCCCGGGGCUCGGUCCCCGCACGGAGGCUCCGGACCCCGUGGCGGAUCUCCCCGCGGCUUUCCCGGUUCCUACCCGGGCUCUCCGGCCUACUCCCCGGCUUCUCACCGGGGAUACAGGGAAGGCUCUCCGUCUGGCUUCGGCUCCCGGGGCUUCAAGGACUCUCCGCCCGGCUUCGGCUCCCGGGGCUUCAAGGACUCUCCGCCCGGCUUCGGCUCCCGGGGGUACGGAGGACAGAUGCGGAGCAGAGGGGACGGUUUCCGACGGCCACAUUCCUUCAGUCCCGCUGCAGCUCACAAUCUUCAGUUUGGAUCUUCAGACUCGGUGGAGAAAUAUUUCAGUCCGUCAAUGCUGCAGGAUCCCUGGGCCGCCCUGCAGCCAACAACAACAACAACAACAACAACAACAACAACAACAGGGAACACACAGGCCUCCUGACAGGACACAACAACAACAACAACAACAACAACAAUAACAACAAGGAACACACAGGCGUCCUGACAAGACACCACAACAACCACAACAACAGAGGACACACAGGUCCUGACAGGAAGCGUUCUGAGUCACCAGCGGUCUUUCAGUCUCUGGUUUUAACGAUGAACUGAUGUUUUUAUGUUUUUAACGAAAUGUUUUCUACAUUUUUUAAAACUGAAACAGGUUCUUGUACUUGUGUUUUAUUUACAGACUAAAAAAAGGCAUUUUUUGGAAAAUUAAUAAAUUUGUUUCAAUCUGAA